UGUUUAUGGAAGUGUAUUUAGUUUAGAUCGGUCGACCAAUGAAUGGAAUUGUAAUUGUUCUCUGUGUAUAUAUUGACCGACCUCUGCCAGAGAAGACAUAAAAACGAAGGUUGGCAAGUUGCUUCAUCGCCUUCCCCCGAUGGCUGCUACUAUCACACGUGUGUCUCAACUGAUCUGUGUUCCUCUCUUACACAGAUCUAUCGGCCCGGCUUUCAGAAACUCCUCUCGUUUGCUGUCGUUGUCAGUCACUAACAUGGACAAAUUUCUAAUCAACGAUUCCAAAUAUUCUUGGUUAAAAGAAUUAGGACUUUCGUCCCAUAACCAUGGUGUUUAUUUUGGCAAGUCUUGGUGCGGCAGUGGCGAGGUUGUGACCUCCAUGUGCCCAGCCAAUAACUUACCUAUUGCUCAAGUUACACAGGGUAACCCAGCUGAUUAUGAACAUGCUAUUGCUGCAACAAAAGAGGCUUGGAAUGUUUGGGUUGAGAUGCCAGGACCACAGAGGGGUGAAAUAGUGAGGCAGAUUGGUGAAGCCCUGAGACACAAAAAACAUCUCCUUGGAAAACUGGAGUCUUUGGAAAUGGGAAAAAUCUUGCCUGAAGGUGAAGGUGAGGUGCAGGAAUUCAUAGAUAUUGCUGACUAUGCUGUGGGAUUGUCUCGGAUGUUUGCAGGACACGUUUUCCCUUCAGAACGUAAAGGUCACGCCUUACUCGAACAGUGGAAUCCAGUUGGAACCGUUGGUAUUAUUACUGCCUUUAACUUUCCUGUAGCUGUCUAUGGAUGGAAUGCUUGUAUUGCUAUGGUAACUGGCAACACUCUAUUAUGGAAAGGAGCUCCAAGUACCCCUCUGACCAGUAUAGCUACAACAAAAAUUGUUCAAUCUGUAUUGGAAGCCAACAGUUUACCGGGUGCUAUCAGUUCAUUGGUCUGUGGUGGUGCCGAUGUUGGAAAUCUCAUGGCAACAGAUGAAAGAGUUAACCUUUUGUCUUUCACAGGAAGCACUGCAAUUGGCAAACUUGUAUCAUUGAAGGUCCAUGAAAGAUUUGGUAAAUGCCUUUUGGAAUUAGGAGGCAACAAUGCACUCAUUGUAAACGAUGAUGCUGAUCUUGAAAUGGUUGUGCGAUCUGCUCUGUUUGCUUGUGCUGGAACUGCUGGUCAAAGAUGUACAACUACAAGACGUUUGAUUUUACAUGAGAAAGUCCAUGAUGAAGUUGUGACAAAACUGGUGAAAGCUUACGGCCAGCUGUCUAUCGGUGACCCAUUGGAAUCUGGAAUUCUCUAUGGCCCUAUGCACAGCCAACAGGGUGUGGACCUUUAUUUGAAAGCAGUUACAGACGCUGUGGCCCAAGGAGGCAAAAUUGAAUAUGGUGGAAAACAAAUAAAGCGUACUGGAAACUUUGUUGAGCCGACCAUCAUAACUGGUCUUGCCCACGAUGCCGAAGUGGUACAGAGGGAAACUUUUGCUCCUAUUGUCUAUGUCCUUAAAACCAAAUCUGUCGAUGAGGCAAUAACCUGGAACAACGAAGUGAAACAAGGCCUUACCAGCAGCUUGUUUACCAAAGAUCUUGGAUCCAUCUUUAAGUGGAUUGGACCAAAAGGAUCUGAUUGUGGUAUCGUCAACGUUAACAUUCCGACUAGUGGUGCUGAAAUUGGUGGAGCAUUUGGGGGAGAGAAACACACCGGAGGGGGUCGAGAGUCUGGUAGUGACGCCUGGAAGCAAUAUAUGCGACGAUCAACAUGCACCAUCAACUACAGCAAAGAAUUACCUCUUGCCCAAGGCAUCAAGUUUGAAUAAAAUGUUGACAGGCCUGCUUCUUCAGAAACGGAUUCUACCAACGUUUCAAAAUGAUUCCAUGGUGCAUUUUGCAUCCAUUUGUUUAAGCUUGAGAUUAUUGAUCUAGUAUUUUAGACUAGAUUAUUGACCUGUAAUCGAAGUCUCUUUGGUUACUCUGAUAGAUGAAAUCAUGUCAAUCAAUAACCCCCCCUCCACUUUCAAUAACAUACAUUCACUCUCACACACACACACACAUGCACACACACACGCGAUCCUUAUUCCCUUUUGGAGAAAAUUUAGCGAAUUGAUGAAGGAAUUUGAGCUAGAGCAGUAAUAGCUUAUCAAAUUUCACAAAAUAUUUUUGUAAAAGACAAAUAAGCUGAAUAAAAGCUAUAUAAAAAUGU